AUGUCCGAAUCAGACGUCGGCUUCAAAGCUGCCUUCGAUGAAGCUCACAAGGGUUCUGAAGAAGGCGGUGUCCCUAUUGGUGCAGCGCUCGUCAGCGCUGAAGGCAAGCUGCUCGGCUCAGGCCACAACAUGCGCAUGCAGAAAGGCAGUGCCACACUUCACGCCGAGAUAUCCGCCUUGGAGAAUGCGGGGCGUCUCCCCGCCUCCGUGUAUCAUGGCGCUACCAUGUACACCACCCUGUCACCCUGUGACAUGUGCACGGGGGCCUGUGUCAUGUACAAGGUGAAGCGCGUUGUCAUUGGCGAGAAUAAAAAUUUCCUUGGAGGUGAAGAAUACCUGAAGUCGAAGGGCAUUGAGGUGGUGGUCUUGCAUAACAAAGAGCUGCAGACUUUGAUGAAGAAGUUUAUCAAGGAGCAUCCUGAAGAAUGGUACGAGGACAUUGGAGAGGAGACUAAUUGA